UUCACCUUCAACUUUUUUCAAAAUAUACUGCCCUAAAAUUUCUAGUUUUUCUGAAAAACUCUCCACUUUUUAAGCACUUUCUGAUAAGUACUCAAGGGUUGAGGUGAUUUUUGGUUAUAUCGUGUGCUAUGCGUUGUAUAAAUAAAUACUAGUGCAGCAGCAAAUCUGUGUUGAACAUUAGUGGGUCUGUCAUCUGUGCAGCUGAUUUGUUUGUGCAAGAGAAUGAAGAUUUGAUUUCCGUAUUUGCUCCUCCAUCCUACUAAAUGACGCUCAGAAUGGAAAUUUUAGUUAACGAAGAGUUGCUUAAAGACAGGUUGACCCCGUGCCGUGAAGUUUGUCCCAUUUUGUUGGAUCUCUUCAUUUGGAGGAAAGAUGUUUAUCCGUGUAUUUUGGUGGGUGCAGUUACGUCCAUUUUUGGAUUGAUUUGGUAUUACGACCCUUCCGUCGUCACUGCGUUCUCUGUUUUGGGGCUGAUACUCACCGUGGGAGAUUAUCUACUUCCCCUUGUGUCCAAAUCCGUCUCUACAGCAGAUUCUUGGAAUUCGGAGAAGGAAAAAAAGUUUUCAAUUUUAGUGAACCGUGUGACAUUUUUUAGUGUACAGGUCUGGAACUUUCAAGUGACAUUGGAAGAAUGGAAGAAAGAGUAUCCAAAUGCGUACUCAUCAACCCUCAUCGUGGUGCUUUUGUUUAUGGCUUGGAUAGGAAACGCAGUCAACAACCUUUUCCUGACUUAUCUAUUUGUCGUUUUCUUGGCACUCCUCCCUGGUCUCUUGCACCGUCGGAUUCUACACGUUUAUGUCUCUAAAAUUGUUCUUUUCGUCUCCAAUUUGAUUGGAAGCAAGGCAAAGAAAAAUUAAAAAUGGUGCAGCAUGAAACUGCUCUCUUGUCCUAGUUUAAUUAUAUGAAUACCAAUACGUGACAUUUUUCUUGGACAUUGUUUUGUUGUUUGGGUGUAUUAUCGUGACAAUCUACUAUUACACCCACAUCACGUCUCCAUCAAUAUUAUUACUGGGUAAAGUUCCACUCGAAACUUUCGACUUGUUUUAUAUGGGCAGGGUAUAUAUUAAUAUAUAAUCAUUUUCCAUCCAAUUAAUCCAAUACAUACAUGAGUCAGCUAAAUAAUUUAUUUAAUCACAGUUAAAAAUUCGAUUACACGCAGUAGCUCUGAUGCUUUCAAGGGCAGUAAUAACACACUCUGGUCACAAGUUUGCGAUAAUUUUUACAUAUAUACACACAAGUUACGUUUUAAUUAUUAAUCAUAUCGACCGACACACAGCGCAUUAUUUUAGCUAAAUAGCUAAAAUAAUGAUGAUGAAAUAUUUCAUCAUCAUUAUUACGUAGGAGUAUGGCUACGUAGAAGUCUGAACAUGAACACCUCCAUUACCACGUUACUUUAUUUACCAUUAAACUCAUGUACAAAUUCACAUCAACAAUCUACAUACACGUUAAUAAGUAGAAAUUACUAAUAAUUAUCUUGUUUUAAUUAUUUAAUAACGUAGAGGUGAACUCGAGCGACAAUGACUUGACAUUAUGUAUUCUUACUAUUUCAUUUCUGUAAAUUAGUUCAUGUUGACGCAUAUGCAUGUGCAACAACGAUCGAUCUCAUUCAUAACUCGUAAUUAACAAGUGGGGAUGACGAUGGAGCUAUAUUUACAUACAUGGAAGUUACCCGUCUUUUAGAGUUAAACUUGUGCUAAAAGAUACAUACAUAUAAAUUGUGUAAGUAUAAAUGAAAGACACUUUUUGGAUAACUGCAAUGCAAAGUUAUCUUAAUGUUACUCGUAUUUGAUGAAUUAUUAUAUGUACAUAAAUAGUAUGCAACAUGUUGAUAUUUUAAUUGUGGAUUUAUUAGUGUCGUCCAAAUUGUAAGUGUACGUUACGAAUUUUAAAGUCAGAAUAACAAAUUAGCAAACAGAGUAAAGUAAAUAUGUUGUCAGUUGCAAUGCAUGAAAUACUAAUAUGUUUCGUAUGUGUAGUUAGUUAAACAUGUAUACUUACACAUUUGGGUGGGGUGAUGACAUUUAUAGAUCAAAAUAACAAAAAUCGGUAUAGUACAGGUUUUAUUGUAAAAUUUAGAACAUAGUGCAAAAUGUUACGUUGUUAGUUCGUUAGAUUAGUUGUUCAUGUAUGGUAGCAUUGUUUUCUAAAAUGGAAAAUGAACCAUGUAUGCUUUAAAUUGUAUGUUGUGACAAAAAGUAAUGUAACAUUGUUAUUAAAAUUGGAGUGGGGACGAUAGAUAAAAAUAAUAUAUAUAUACUCGAUAACUCGUUAAUUCAUUAAAAUGAGGUUAAAAAUAUAUACAAUAAAACCAACGCACAAUUGUUGUUCAAACA